AACAAAACAACACAAAAUUAUACUAUUCUUUUAAACCUAUAACUUAUUAAAAAUAUUGUUUUAGUUUUUCAUUAUGUUUUCUCACAAAAAUCCUUAACUUUAAUGAGUUUCAGUUAAAAACAACGGCGUUUGUAUCUACUUGUUGAAUAUUUGUUCAGAUAUUCAUAUGACUAAAAAGGAAGUGUGACCAUGGCAACGAUGUUGUUAAGCCUGUUAUUAAAAGAUGUAAAAUAUGAACAACUGUGAAUUGACAGACCGUUCUUUUAGUAAGAGAGGAAGCGAAGUAUUUAUUGUAGAUUAGAGGUAUUAUCCGUAAUAACUUAACUAAGUGUUAAAUCUAGUAAGUGAAAUGCUGGAAUCAGAUGACUUAUUAGCCAGAGAAAAUGAAUUCAAAAAACUUAAUAAACAGCUGGAAAAGAAAACAGAAAUACUAAUGAAAGAAAUCGAACAAGUUAUGCAAAGACAGGACAUAUUUGCAGAAUUUGCAGGUCCCUUAUCCAGUCCUAUAAACCACCAUAGUAAAAGGCACUAUUGUGAUACACCUAGCAUUAAAACAUCAGACAAAAUCUAUGGAACAACAAAAACUACAGACAAUGGGGCAUCCAAAAAAAUCAACAGUAAAAAGAUUGAUAUUAGAAAUGUUGAUAAUACAGAUAUGGAAAUAAAAAAAUGUGUAACAAAUGUUUGUGAAUGGUGCAAUUUAAGUACUAAGAAGAACAAUGAUUUGGAAUUUUUGUAUGCUUUUGUCUCAGUUAAUGUUAAGGAUAAUGUUUUGCCACAGUCAUUUUUAAAGGGUGGUGUGAAUAUUGAAAAUGUAUGCAAGUUUCUAUCGGCCAAACUGAAAUUGAUGCAAGAACAGAUUGACAAAUUGCAAGCAAAUAUAGAUAAAAUGGGUAAACAAUGUGAGAGCCACAUGACCCAACUGGCUGGAUUGGAGACUGAAAGACUGACUUUGGUGAAUAAGGCGAAUAAUUUAAGAUCGGAAAAUGCUGAUCUCAAAGCAAAGUAUGCUGCCUCCAAUAAUAGAAUUAAUGAAAAGGACCGCCUAUACAAGGAACAGCGAAGUCUAGCGGACAAACUGACGAACGAGGCUAAAAGCUUGCGAUAUAAGAACGCGAAUGUCGAAGCGCGUUGUGCUGCUCACGAAGAAACGAUUGCGACGCUCAAACAACAACUCGAAGCCUCCAAAAUGGCUGAAAAGGAAUUCCGCGACGCGACACGCAACCUCUCUGCGUCGCAUCAGAAUGCAAUCUGCCGUUUGGAAGCGAAAGUGAAAUGCCUGACUACCCGCAUUGACAAGCAAAUGGCUCUCAUAGACAAUCUGAAGAAGCAGAACGCGUUGCUUGCCACGGAGGGCGCUUUGAAGGCGUUGGAGAGAGAUUAUUAUGAUUUCUUAAAUUCUGAUUUGUAGUUGUAUAUUUCUUUAUACGUGAUAUAAAUCUAUAUUUCUCUGACUAUAACAUUCUAAAUUGCUUGAAAUUGUAUAAUGGUAAUAAAAAGGCGUAGUUUGUAUUUUUAAUAAUACUACCGGAAAAGACUGAUUCUUUCACUAUUUUUAUUCCGAUCUAAUGCAACCGGAAAGCUAAUAUAGAAUUCCAGCCCUUAAUUCAAUAUUAAGAGAUGUUGGCGAUAUUUAAACUUACUUAUAAAUUUCCUCUCCUAUUGACAACACGGAGUCAGUGAGGCAAUUAUGGGAGCUACCCUCCUUGGAAUGUUUUGCUUUGUCUACCUUUAGUUCUUUCUAGCUUUAAAAUAAGUGCUUAUCCAUCGAUGAAGCUUCACGCCAGCCACGUGUCUUGCCCAAUUAAAUUUUUUAAAAUAUAUAAUUGCAUUUAGCAAUUGCAUGAGUUAAAUUUUAACGAAGUGGUUGCUGUCGAAUGCUAGUCCAUAAGUAUAUUUAAAUAAAUAUUCCCUUACA